UCCACAUCCCGUGAGCGUGCUCGGCCAUCUUGUCUCCGCGAGCAGAGCAGAGCAGAGCAGAAGAAGAGCAGCAUCAUGGCUGACUACAGCAGCGUGGCUCCCCCGUCUAAUAACGCCGGAGGAGGAAUGAACGACGCUUUUAAAGACGCGCUACAGCGAGCACGACAGGUAGGAACACCACAAGAACAAGAUAAGAUCGCAGCGAAGAUCGGUGGUGAUGGAGUAGCGGCUCCCCCAACAAACGAGUUUGGCUACGGGGGCCAGAAAAGGCCCCUGGAGGACGCUGGUGGGUAUUUUCCCAUGCCUAACCUGAAUAUCGACCAACCAGAGACGAAGAAAGUGGCUACAAAUGACGCCUUUUCAGCGAUGGGAGGAAUGGGUGGUCCCCCAAGGUCAAUAUCAGAGGAGUUCAAGGUUCCAGACGGCAUGGUUGGAUUCAUUAUUGGAAGAGGAGGCGAACAAAUAUCACGACUGCAGCAAGAGUCUGGAUGUAAGAUACAGAUUGCGCCUGACAGUGGAGGAAUGCCAGAUAGGUCGGUGACAUUAACAGGAGGACCAGAAUCCAUCCAGGCUGCAAAGCGGCUACUAACAGACAUAGUUGAAAAGGGGCGCCCAGCCCCGGCAUUCAACCACAACGACGGCCCGGGAAUGACUGUUCAGGAGAUUAUGGUCCCUGCCUCUAAAGCUGGACUCGUCAUUGGGAAGGGAGGAGAAACCAUCAAAAGCCUUCAGGAAAGAGCUGGAGUGAAGAUGGUCAUGAUCCAAGAUGGACCCCAAAACACAGGUGCAGACAAGCCACUUCGCAUUUCAGGAGAGCCCUUUAAAGUUCAGCAAGCCAAAGAGAUGGUGAUGGAGCUGAUCAGAGAUCAAGGCUUCAGGGAGCAGAGGGGCGAGUAUGGUUCACGAGGAGGUGGAGGCGGUGGCGGAGGUGGUGGUGGUGGAGGAGGAGGAGGUGGCGGCGGUGGUGGUGGUGGAGGAGGACAAGGAGGAGGAGGAGGGGGAGACAGCUUGGAUGUUCCCGUCCCCCGGUUUGCAGUGGGAAUUGUUAUUGGAAGAAAUGGAGAGAUGAUCAAGAAAAUACAGAAUGACACGGGCGUCAGGAUUCAGUUCAAACCAGAUGACGGCAGCACACCAGACAGGAUAGCCCAGAUCAUGGGUCCCCCUGACCAGGCUCAGCACGCAGCAGAAAUCAUAUCUGAUCUGCUCAGGAGUGUCCAGGCCGGCGGACCUCCGGGACAUGGCGGUGGCAGAGGCCGUGGUCGCGGGCAGGGGAACUGGAACAUGGGCCCUGGUGGCCCUGGUGGCCUGCAGGAGUUUACCUUCACCGUCCCAACCAUGAAGACGGGCCUCAUCAUUGGAAAAGGUGGUGAGACAAUCAAGGGCAUCAGCCAGCAGUCUGGAGCCAGGAUCGAGCUGCAGAGGAAUCCUCCACCCAACGCUGAUCCAAACAUCAAAAUGUUCACAGUCCGGGGCUCCCCUCAACAGAUCGACUACGCCAGGCAGCUAGUGGAGGAGAAAAUUGGGGGACCCGUCACUCCAAUGGGCGGCCCACAUGGUCCCCCCGGUCCACACGGAGGUCCAGGUCCACAUGGGCCUCCUGGUCCACCUGGACCCCCCGGGGCUCCCAUGGGUCCAUACAAUCCUGGACCAUACAACCAGGGACCCCCAGGACCACACGGUCCACCAGCGCCCUACCAGCCUCAGGGAUGGGGUAACGGCUACCCACACUGGCAACAGGGUCAGCCUGAUCCAAAUAAAGCAGCAGCCGAUGCCAACGCAGCAGCGUGGGCAGCCUACUACGCACAGUACAGCCAGCAGCCGCAAGCUCCCAUGACCCCGACGAGUGGAGCUCCUGGCACGACUCAAACCAACGGCCAAGAUGACCCUCAGGCUGCAGGUCAGAGUGGACAGGCAGAUUACUCCACGGCCUGGGAGGAAUAUUACGAGAAAACGGGUCAACAGAGCCAACAACCUCAGGACUACACGAAAGCCUGGGAGGAGUAUUACAAAAAACAAGGUCAAGCGGCCCCUCAGGCCACCGCAGCAGCAGCAGCUGCCGCCUCGCAGCCUGGAGGCCAGCCAGACUACAGCGCUGCAUGGGCGGAGUACUACCGCCAGCAGGCUGCGUACUACGGCACAGGCAACCCACAGACGAUGGGUGCAGCACCACAAGCCCCUCAGGUACAUCCCCGAAUAGAAUCUGCCCUCCACAUCCACUGAAUACUCAAUUCUGUUGUGCCCUAACCGCCUUCCCUCCUCAGGAUUUACAGGGCUCCAGGUGACCGCAGCAGCCUCACACACUUAACCCAAACUAUUUCCUCCUUAAACAGGUUUUUAGCUUUUUAUUUUGGGAAGCUGAGUCCACUGUUUCCGCUGUUAACAUGCAAUGUAUCUUCUAUGUAUUUCUUCUGCACAGGGCCAGUAAUGUGAAGCGGACAUAAAGUAAAUGCUACAUUGUCGAAACAAAAUCCUUUGUUAAAUGUUUGGAUGCAGACGCCUUGAUGAAGAUCUUAAAUUUCCUCGGUUUGAAAGUGUUUCACAUAGAUGGCAGAUUACCCGGCGAACACGUCCUCUUCCUUUUUUUGUUUUCCUUUUUCUUGUAAAUGCUUUGUUUUUAGUGAGGUAACUAUACAUAUGGUCAUUCCAGCCCUGUAUCUACAUUAAAAUGUGGUUAGAAGUCAUGUUUAUUAAACUGUAGACAUUACCAUGUAAAUCAUCUCAGUUUUAAAAAUGCUAUUGCCUGUUGUGUUUUUGCAAUAAAACAAACUGAAACCUCCUGUGUUGGUAAGUUGGGGUGGUUUUAAACUAAAGGGGGUUAAAAGGAGUUUCUGUAUGUUUUUAUUUUACAGGGGUAAAAAGUUUGAAACGCAGGCCAUAUGUGGGGGUUAAUUGUCCAAAAACUCAAAGUUGUGCUGUCCUGUCUCUCUCCAACUGUCUAUAAGGCUCUUAGACACAUUAUGUGCGUGCAAUGAUCCGGAGUGGUUCAGACCAACAAUCGUCCUUGUUGAUAGACAUUACUUUUCUGUUUCCUGACUUUGCUCUGACUUCAGCAGUAGACAGAUGUUUUGCCAUAAGAAAGUCGACAUGUAUCGUAACUCAUGCAUUAACUGCGUUGCUGUGGCACUCCCUUUUUUUUAUUAAUCUUGUCUGGUUUGCUGACAUUGUUGAGAUAGUAUGCACUGUAUAUUGCCUUGAUAUAGACACUUCCUCCUCCACAGGCGAGUUUAGAAAAGCGGUAAGCAAGUAUUUCUCCUUAACAUGUUCCUCAGAAAAACGUGGUUGCAAGAAAUGUUGUUAGUGUUAUAUAUACAUAUAUAUAUAUUUUUUGUGCUGUUCUUUUUCCAGGACAGUCAGGUAAAAUUGCCACUGUAUCGAAAAAUGCAUUGAAACGUUUGUCUUGCCCAUUUCGAAUUAACUCACAUGUAUAAAGUUGUUUUUUUUAAAGAAUGUUUUUUUAAUAUAAAAACAUUGCAAAAAUCGUUUUUUGCUGUCCCCAUUCUGUUAGUGUUUAUCCAGUAUAAUAACAUAGAUGUUGUAGGGUCGGGGGUGGCUAAGCAGUCGUCAUCCAACAGUUGAGCCCUCCUAUACUGUAAGUACAAAAACUGUGACUGACUUUGAGAGAUAAACGCCUUUUUUUGAUGCUUUAAUCUGCAAAAGAUGUAGUAUUUUUGUCAUUUUCCCCAUGUCUCUGGGUAAGUAUGAAAUGUUCAGAGGAGAGGAAUAGUGCACUAGUUUCUUGUACCACAUGUUUCUGAGACUUAUUUGCCCUUGUGUGACUCCAUUCAGUCUUUGAAUCUUUACAGUAUGUUGAUACUUUUGUAGAUUGUGUAGGUAGCAUUUCAGCGCCAGUUGGAUUUUCUGAACUGAGGGUUUGAAUGUCAGCACUCUGUUACUCUGUUGGUAGGAACUGUUUUAAGGAUGCCCAUGUGGAUUUCUUGCGUUUUUGAAUACCUGACCUGCUUAAGUGCCAUUGUCUAGUUGAGACUGUCAUGUUUUUUUUAAAUGCCAUUUAUUGCUUAGAAACUUCCUACUGCAUAACUCCAGCGUAGCAUGCUUAGGUUUCUGCUGUUCUUACUUUAUAUGAGCAUGUGGAAUGGUAGUAGUGGUUCUGACUAGCCCAGUAUUGAUUAUCAUGACAUUUAUUUCUGAAUGAAGCACUGUUGUGAAAGGCUGUUAAAUUGAAGCAUUGUUCACUGACGGCAAACAGUGCAAUAUAUCUGAUCUUUGCAGUGUCGUCCCAGACCUUGCACCUUAGGUUCUGCUGCAAUAACACAGGUAAGCGAAACCUAAGGAAACCAGUGUUUUUGUCCAGUGACAUGACCCGAUUUACAUGCAAAAGAAAUGCUUACCUGUGUCUCUUAACAUGCCUCAAAUGCAUUUAUGCUUUAGUCGUAAAGAAAUGUCCAUUCUGAACAGCCCUUUUUUAAGAUCUGCUUUCAUUGAUUGAUCUGCAUGAUUUUUGUUACAUGAAGUUUGACUUUUCAAAAAGUGACUUUACCCAGAAAACGUUGUUGCAUAGGCUCACUGAGGAAAUGCUGUCAUUGUCGUACAUGCUUAAUAUUUGAUAUUAGCCUUAUGUUUUUAUUCCGGUAAGUCUGUCAGCGAUUGUGUAUCGAUGCUUUAGACUGGUAUAUCAAAACUGCAUGCCAUGCAAAUCUGUUGCCAGAAAGUUAGCAAUGUUCUCGGAUAGAAAAAAAAACGGUGAAAUACAUGAUUUUUUAAAAUUUCUGUCGUGGUGUGAAUCUGCCCUCAAGUGCAGUGCAAAUCUACUAUUGAAACGCUGCUGCCUUCACUUCUCGCUCACAGUGUUGGAGGACGCUGCAAGCGUAGGUCAUAGAGUCAGGCGCUGUCGUAGUUUGUCCCCAAAAGGAGGAAUCCUUUGAGUCAAUCCCCACUGCUGAACGUAGACCGUUCAAGAGCUCCAGUGAUAAGGUAAAAAAACAGCAACGCAAUGAAAUUUAAAUUCUGUGAUUGCAAAGUGUUGGUUAGAUACAUGUUUUUCUGCUCGGAUCAACUGUUGUUUCUUAAAUUAUGCCAUAGUGUAUUUAGAGGUGUCUGAUGGUUUCUAUUAUCGCUUUUAAUGCCUUUCAUUAGUAACCUUUAGUCAGUAGGAAUGUGCUUUAGAAAGUUGGACGAGGACAGGAACUGAUGUACUUUAAAUGACAUGCACAUGUUUUUAUUGGCAGUAAUAUUUGGGAGGGGGGAGGGUUACUGGUUUUUUAAAAACUCACUUUUCUCUGUAGUUAAAGGGUCACUUACUGUUUGUUUUGAGGCUGUUCACUCUGUAUAUGUGAGACACUCAGUGUUUCAACACAGGGGUCGUGGGGGUGUAGAAGACAAAACAAGGAGCAUGCCUUAGAGGUAAAAAAAAUAAAUAAAAGGUUUCAUGUGCUGUGUAUAUCAUCAAAUAUAUUGGUUUGUUUUUUGAACUGUUCUGACUUUUGAAAUGUUGCCAUGUUAAUUAAAAAAGUUGUAAAAAAUGAA